AUGGCCACCCGCGCUACAAACGCCGAUGAGCAUGUGGCGCGUUCGCCCGACCUGCCCGACUUGCCUGACCGUUCACAACCUACCCCCCUCAGCAGACCCGAAGACUCGCCUAUUCCUUCUCGUGCGACGUCGAUAGAUGCGGCAGGAGUCUUGGAUAAUGGCACGACAUCGGGACGCAAGCGCAAGCUGAACAGCAUGUCAUCAAGAGGUGUUGCCAAUCUCACCCCCGAUCAGUUAGCAAAAAAGCGGGCCAACGACCGCCAAGCGCAGCGCGCAAUUCGAGAAAGGACCAAGGGCCACAUAGAGGCUCUGGAGCAACAGGUCCGAGACCUGUCGUCACAAAAACCCUACCUUGAUCUUCAAGCAGCCCUACGCGAGAAUGCGACGAUUCGGUCGGAGAACGCAGAGCUCCGCCAAGGGCUAAAGGCGGCAAUGGACAUUCUCCAACCAUUGAUAGCUAAACCAGAACUACCAGGCGCAUCUCCUUCUUUAGCUACAACCAAGCCCAUUCCGCCCCCUUCGCAUGCAUCCCCAUUGCCUGACACCGAUCACCUCACCCCCAUUCCAGGCGAGAAAUCCUACGCCGAGUCUCUUGCCAGCCUAGAUACGCCGUCUCCGACUCAUUCUGCACCCACGCUCGGGAGUCGCCGAAACAGUACCAAUGGAGGCGCUCUGCCAGCCUCACUCCGUGGCGCAUGGGACUCGCAACGCCAUAAUAUCACACAUGGCCUGGACCUUGGCACCGAGGAGCGUCUAGGGUUUAAUUUCCUCCUAGCCGAUUCGCAAACUGUUCCCAAACUCGACCGGCUUCAUCGCAGCAGCUCAGAAAACCUCCGCUGUCAGCAGCUGAACCCUUCGUCUUCAAUAUACCCACAUCCCUUGACUACUACCUCUGAGCCUGCGCCACCCGCAUUCGCCGCUCCGAUACGAAACUUAACAGCGACAUGUCCUUUGGACAACAUUCUUCUGGAAUUCCUUUAUAGCCGGCAACGUGAGGCGGCUCAAGGCAUCCCUAGACAAAAAUUAGCUGGGCCUCCGUACCCGAGUGUCUCAUCGCUGCUGAAUCCGGAGAGGAGUGUCUACUCCCAUCCUGUCUCAAAAGUCUUCACAGAUAUCCUGCGCACCUUUCCCGAUAUAUCCUCUCUGCCAGAGCAGGUUGCCGUGCUCUACGUCAUGUUCCUCCUCAUGCGCUGGCAGAUUUACCCUACGCAGGAGAAUUAUGAGCGACUCCCAGAGUGGCUAACCCCGCGCCCAACACAGCUCCUCCAUCCGCACCCUGCUUGGAUGGAUUACGCUCCCUGGCCAGGAAUGCGUGACAGGAUCGUUACGAAUUAUCAGGACUACCCCUUUGAGAACUGGUUCAUCCCAUAUACUCGUGAUCUCAGCGUCAAUUGGCCGUACGAGGAUACGGACUGUUUGUUGUCAGCCAGCGACUCGGAGGAGCUGGUCAUCAACCCCGUCUUCGAGCGGCAUAUGAGGAAUCUGUCCAAUUGGUCUUUGGGGCCCUCCUUUGCAGAGUGUUACCCCUCUCUGGCAGACACCGUACGAAUCAAGCCGAAAACACAGCGCAACACCUCAUAUGGAACACACUCACCAAGCGGCUACACAGCCACUUGA